CGACGAACAACGACUCCACUUCUAUUCAUUCAAAAGUUGACAGCAGUGGACUCGUUACUCCAAACAAGGACUCCAAUCAGCGGAGAAGACUCUCCUUUCCAAUCGUUCUUCAUCAUUCCAUUGCAAGGUUGUGCCUAAUCAGACACAAGUAGAAUUUGAUCAAUUUCUCGCAAAGCAAUGGUUCUUGGGAUGAAAUCCAAGCACAAAAAAGGUGUAGCUGUUGGAGUCGAAUAUAUGGUUACCAUAGAGGAGAUUAAGCCCUGGCCUCCAUUAGAAAGCUUGAGGUCUGUUCAAAUUGUAUUGAUUAAAUGGGAAAAUGGUAGUGAGAGCUCCGGAUCCUUUCAUGCUGUUACUGGUGACUCCAGCAUUGCAUUUCGUGAGUCUUUCAGGCUUUCCACAACACUGUAUUGGAAGAAGGCCACAGCAAAGUUUGGUAAAAACUAUUUGGAAUUCAGCUUGUCUGAGACUCGUAAGGACAAAGUUAAAGGUCAUCUCUUGGCUACAGCUUCACUAAACCUGGCAGAUUAUGGAAUGAUUGACGUCGAAUUAAAACUAAAUGUUCCUUUAACUUUCAAGAAAAUAUCUAAUGGCUCCGUGCAGCCGGCUCUGGCAAUUAAGUUGGAACUGAUUGAAAAGGAUACAUCUUAUUCUUCGCCUGGUGUUGGUUUUUCGAAUGAACCAUCUCUGGAUGGCGGUGAUGAUGAUGACUCAGAAAUCGCGUCUUAUACAGAUGAUGAUGUCGUCUCUUCUCGUUCAUCACGAACUGCUGGCUCUUCAGCCUUUGAGCUUGCCAUGCCGUCACCAUCUCGAAGUGAGAAGAGUGGACACGGAAAUCAUUCAUCAGCUGGUGCAUCAUCAGAUACAUGGAAGUCAGUGAAACGUUAUGUUUCUUCGUCUAAACUUUCUGAACGAAGCAUGUCACUUGUCAAGAAGAGCUCUAGUCCCCCCUUAAACAUAUCUUCUCCCUCAUUCACAAAUUUCCAAGAUAGCAGUGGGGAGUUAUAUGAUGCCUCCAAAAGCACUCCAUUUGUGCAAGUACAAUCCUUUGAUAGACUUGCACAUGACGCUAUGUCAGCCAAUCAUUAUGGAGAAUAUGGUGCUAAGUCCAAUUCUUUGUACUCCCUUUCUGCUCGAGAAAACGAGUGGCAGUCCGAAGCUUUGCCAAAUAACAAUGCACACGCUGGAUGGGCGCAGGUUCAGGAAAAAAUGUCAAGGAAAAAUAUUGAAUUGGAUGAACAGAGUAUAGAGGAAAGAUUGUUGCAGAAAUUGUCGGAAGAAGAAGCCACUAGACGGCAGAUUGAAACGCGAAGUGAUAUCCUUGCUCCUAGAAGGAAAGGACCAGCAAUCCCACCAGCGGCUGAAGCAUGAGAAGUCUGUUAAGAAACAUGAUU